AGUUAAAGUAUUGCCGCUGUUCGUAACCGUCGCGUCUCCGCUGCGGCUCGCGACUUAUCUGAAAAUCGAUGCUCGAUCCGCAACCAGCGCAGACCAAUAAUCAGUAAUUUAAAAAACCCAUAAUAACCUACGUCAACGCGAACCCCAUACGCCCCGCAGGUUUUCACUGUAACUGCGCAUUAAGUUUCAUGGUCGCGUAAGAAACAUUCGUUGCAAACAGGAUCUCCCCUUAUUGAUAAUGAAAGUUUAAAAUACGUGAGUAGAUCCGUUUGGGUGAACAAGUGUUGUGUUAUAAUCUCAUGGUGACUCGUAGUUUUUCUGACACGUUUUGUGUAUUUGUGAUGUGAGGAUGUUAGUGCGGUCAUGUCGAGUGUGGCGAAGAAAGACAAGCCGACGAUGUCAGUGACUGCGCUGAUGCAGUGGGCUCGGCCGGGACCCCCGGGCCCCCCGGCGACACCAACGCCUGCCCCCCUGCUACAGUCGCCGGGCACGCCAACGAACGUCGAUUUCUCAAUCGACAUGCAAUGGCUGAACCUGGAGCCGGGGUUUAUGUCGCCAAUGUCACCGCCUGAGAUGAAGCCAGACACAGCAAUGUUGGAUGGCGGGAUGCGAGAUGAUGCCACAUCUCCGCCCGCGUUGAGGAGUUAUCCCCCAAAUCAUCCUUUGAGUGGAUCAAAGCACCUGUGCUCAAUAUGUGGUGACAGGGCGUCAGGCAAACACUAUGGGGUGUACAGUUGCGAAGGCUGUAAAGGUUUCUUUAAAAGGACAGUACGGAAAGACUUGACAUACGCGUGUCGAGAAGAGAGGAAUUGUAUCAUAGACAAGCGGCAAAGGAAUCGAUGCCAGUUUUGUAGAUACCAAAAAUGUCUCGCGUGCGGCAUGAAGAGGGAGGCCGUGCAAGAAGAGCGGCAGAGGGCUGCUAGAGGGGCAGAGGAUGCGCAUCCAAGUAGUUCUGUACAGGAGCUAUCGAUCGAAAGGUUAUUGGAGAUGGAGUCCCUAGUAGCUGACCCCAGUGAAGAGUUCCAGUUCCUCCGAGUGGGUCCCGACACAAACGUUCCGCCUCGAUAUAGGGCGCCCGUUUCCAGUUUAUGUCAAAUAGGUAACAAGCAAAUAGCGGCUUUAGUGGUGUGGGCACGUGACAUCCCACACUUCAGUCAACUAGAGAUGGAAGACCAGGUUCUGCUGAUUAAGUCUUCCUGGAACGAGUUGCUUCUCUUCGCGAUCGCCUGGCGGUCUAUUGAGUACCUGGAGGAUGAGAGGGAGAACAUGGAUGGGACGAGAACUGCCUCUCCGCCGCAACUUAUGUGUCUCAUGCCUGGCAUGACGUUACACCGUAAUUCGGCGCUGCAAGCGGGCGUGGGUCAAAUCUUCGACCGUGUGCUGUCGGAAUUGUCUCUGAAGAUGCGGGCUUUACGCAUGGACCAAGCAGAGUACGUCGCGCUUAAAGCCAUCGUCUUGUUAAAUCCAGAUGUAAAAGGACUGAAAAAUCGCCAAGAAGUGGACGUACUACGAGAAAAGAUAUUCUCUUGCCUCGACGAGUACUGUCGGCGGUCGCACAGUACGGAAGAGGGUAGAUUCGCAUCUCUCAUUUUGCGUCUACCCGCAUUACGCUCCAUUUCACUGAAGAGCUUCGAGCACCUGUUCUUCUUCCAUCUGGUGGCCGAAGGUAGCAUCAGCAGCUUUAUCAGGGAAGCUUUAAGGAUGCACGCGCCGCCCAUAGACGCGAAUUCUAUGAUGUAGGUUAAAUAGUUAAAGGUAUCAUGUAUUGGAAAAAUAGUUUAUUAGUUUAGCAAAAGCAUACGAUUGAUGUACCUAAAAUUUACUAAAAGUUACAAAUAAAUAAUUCGUGUAAUUAAUUAAAAACUAAAACAUUGUACAUGUUUAGUAGAAGGAAUACUAAAUAUUGUCACAAAUUGUGACCGUUAGCUGUUCCAAUCCAAAAAUUCGGAAAGUGUCAUUUGUGACAAAUUUAGUCUAGUUGGACUUUACUGAAAAAUUCUUACUUGUAAUGUAAUUGACAUCUAUAUUAAACUUUCAGAGUUUAUAAUUUUCUAUAAUUUACAAUAUGUGAUACUUUUAUUUCGUAAGAACUUAUGUUUAUUUUAUUAAAUAAAUUUAUAACUCAUUUAGCGAACAUUGCACGAAUGUACGAACGACCCUAUCCGGAUCUUAUUUUUUAUUUAUAUUUAAUUUAAAAAAAACAACUUAUAAAAAUAAUGUCUUCAUCACUGUGUCAAUGUUUAAAAUAAUUAUUGAAAUAGACUCAGUAAUGCCCCAUGCCCCACUCGACAGUUUACGGCCGUUUGUACAAAGUCUGGUAGACAUUUUUGUUACGAAUUUGAGAUUUGAGAAUAAUGCCGAUAUCGGGAAUUAUGUUUAAGUUAAUUUUAGUGUCAUAUUACGUGACAACCAAAGCUAGAUUUUGACAAAUUCUUACUAUAUUUAUUUCUGAUUUGCAUUUAGGUCUCUGUAGAACUACACAUAUUUACUACUUAUACAAAUUUAUUUUAAGAUAGGAAAUUUAUUUUAAGUAUGUGUACGCGCAUCGUCAUUCCGUAGUGUAAAGGCCCGUAUAGAAAAUACUUUGUCUCUAUAUUUUUUAUAUAACUUCAGUUAAUGAUUUAAAUUAAAUUUUCCCUCUACGAAACAGAUCAACAAUAUUAUGAUAAAAUACAAUUUUAGGUAUAUAUUUUCUGAUGUCAUAUAAAAUUACUUAUAAACUAAUUACUUGCCAAAUUUAUUAAAAUCCUAAUUUGCAGUGAAUCUCGUUUUAGAAAAGUUGUCUGUCUUUUGGCUUAUUCACGUAGUUUAAAUAAUGGAGCGUUCAAGUAUUACGUAACUAAUUGG